AUGGCGUCGUGCAGAUGGUGUCGAUGCUGUCGCAUUCCAGAUACCUGUUGCGGCGUGGACCUUCAUAAUCUUUUUGCAUACAGUACGACCAAGUACAUUGUCAUCCGUGAUGCCCGGCUUGGCUUGCUACACUACACGCUGAUGUUCUUCAUUGUCGUGUACAUACUGGUCUACCAGCUUAUCGGCAACUUAGGAUACCUCAAGUUUAAUGAUGCGCAGAACACGGUGCGGCUGACACUGCAAGAGCCAACUGCCGGAUGCAACCCAAAUGAUACAGGUUGCAAGGACAGCUUCGCACCGCUGAGCCAUCUCCCAUACUGCUGUGCGCAGAACUCCAGCUGCAAGACCAACGACGACGGCUCAUGCUCGUGCGAUUAUCGACCUGCGUUCAAGGAUUACAACUGCACCUGGAUGUCGGGAACAUCUGCGGCCGCUAUACGUGAGAGCUCCAUCGUAGUCUCGACAUUUACACAUGAAUACACCAUGACUCUGAACACGAGCUGCUUCACUUCAUACCCAGCUGCUGCUGAAAGCUGCGAUGAGUUGUAUAUUGUGCAGGAGAAGGCGCAGGUCUUCACGGCGGACGUGGAAUCCUUCACGCUCCUCAUCGACCAUUCCGUGACAUCGCCGAAAUCUGGACUGGCCACGACAUCGAGAGACAUGAAGGGCCUGCUAUUCGUGGGGCCCAACGGGAACGAUGGCAGUGAAGCAACUGCACUGAAGGAUGGACUGUGCAGCAGUGCCGCCGAUGCAGUUGAUGCACCUCGCAAUGGCCGCACCACAAACAAGGCCCCAUGCUACUUGAAGCCGAACUCGGCGGGCGGCUUGGACUUCUUUGCCGUCGGCACGCUGCUGCAGGCAACUGGCGUCUCCUUGGAGAGCGAGAGCUAUCCAGGAAGCGGCCAUUCAACGCGCUAUGAGGGGAUCACCAUCAAUCUGAACAUCGAUUACAGCAACUCCGUGCCCUGGCAUGGCCUGCAGGAAAAUAUCAGCUAUCUCUACAAGCCCUCGGUAAUACCACGCAGCACCUUCAAAACAACGGAGGCUUCUCCGCUGUCGCCAGACGGCCUACACGUGCUCAAGAAAAGCCUGCAUGGUUUGCUGUUCGAAGUACGAGCUGGCGGGCAGCUGGCAACGUUUGAUUUCACGCAACUCCUCUUGCAGCUCACUACAAGUCUCACACUGCUGGCCCUCGCAACGGUGGGUGUGAACAUCAUGGCGCAGUACGUCCUGAGAUACCGUCACUACUAUUCGGAGGCGCUGUACGAUAGAACUGCCGAUUUCGAUAACAUCAGUUUUCUGGAGCGCCAAUCCGAUGAACAGCUCCGGCAGGAGCUCAGGGAUCGCAAUCUCCCCGCCAGUGGGCCAAGAGAGCGGAUGAUCCUCCGGCUCAUGGAGUAUGGAUACCGCCCAACUGCGACGCCGAGCCUCAGCUUCCGCAGCGAGCGGGCAGCGCUAGCAUCGGCGCCCGAUCCUUGA